AUGCAGAAUUUCUGUCCUGGAAGAACUAUUUCUGGAUUGGCUUUUGAAAAAGCUUUAAGACGAAAAUUCAAUUUAACUGAUGAUGGCUACUAUAAUUGGCUCAAAAAGCUGAAGCUGAGCAAGAAGAUGGAAAUGUUUUGGUGGAGACUUGGGAAUGCAUCUAUUCCUACCAACUUGUAUCUUAAAAAUCGUAAGCUUCUUGAUAUCGAUUCAUGUGCUAGAGGUUGUAAUACGGUGGAGAACUAUGAGCACAUCAUUGUUCAAUGCAAAUAUAUGGUUGAAAUCAUCAAUCAGCUUGUGAACUGGGGUAUUCCUAUCCCAAUUUUCAAUUCACUUGAUCAUUGUCUUAAGGAGCUUAAGAAAAUUUCAGCUAAAAAUCUGGGUAUUGUACAAAUUUAUUGUACUAUUGCUUACUUCUCUUGGAAAAAUAGAAAUGAGAUAAAGCAUGGAAAAACUGCAUUUCCUUCUUAUUUGGUGGCUUCUAACGCUUUAUCAGUGGCAAUUACCAAAACAAGUCCAUUUCUUUCUAACUGGAGCACUAAUAUCCUUAGGGAGUCUCAAGCAUCUUGGUUCCCCCCACCAAAAGAGUGGAUGAAAAUCAAUAUUGAUGCUUCCUUAACGUCUUCGGGAUUAGCUGGGAUUGGAGGUGUUUUCCGAGAUUGUAAUGGUAGAUUCAUUCUUGCAUUUAGGAAGAAGAUGAUGCAUUGGGAUAUUGCACAGUUGGAAAUGGGAGCUGUUCUCUCGGUCAAGGACUACGUCAAAAGCUGGAUGAGGGACUAUAAAGGGGUGAUAUUGGAAAGUGAUAACAUGAAUGUUAUCAACUACAUUCAAAAAUCUUUGAAGCAGAACAAAGGUACUGUGAUCUUCAAAUUAGUAAGUGAUUCUUUAUUUGUGAAUGAUUUCAAUAAAGUUGUCUUUGUACAUGCUUAUAGAGAUUGUAAUAAGGCAGCCAACUUGUGUGCUACUAUGGCUUUAGAUGAUAGUUUUUACUUUGACAGUUUUUCUUUUGAUGAUAUCCCUCCCUUGAUGGCUAAAUUAAUCAAGGAAGAAUAUCAUCCUAUUCAUGAUUGUAAUUAG